AUGAGCAUCCAAGCGACGGCCGUCCUGGUGUUCAAGAUCGUGACGAUCAUCACGACCGUCAUGAUGCGAAUCUCGUUGCUGCCGGACUUCAAUCGCUGGUGCAGGAAUCGCAGCACGGGGGACAUGGCGUUCUACGCCUACGCUAUCGACGACUACGUUCCGCUCUUCGCAACGUCAACGCUCGGCGUGGUAAUGGGCCUCGUUCUGUCUGGAUCCUUCUACCACUGGACAAAUGACAAGCGAGAAGUGCUGAAGAUAUUCGCCGUCGCAGUCGUCGUGUGCCUCGCCAUAACGAUCUACAGCAUCCUGGCGUUGUCUAGGAAGACGGGUCAAUCGCGACAUUCGGUGGAGACGACGUUGGGCUUCACUACCAUUGCGACCACUAUCGGAAUGUACGCGUCACCGAUGGCUAUGAUCCGAACCAAGACUGCGUCGUCGAUGCCCUUCACAAUGGGGAUUGCGAAUGUGCUGAACAGUUUCUGCUGGGCGAUUUACGCCCCACUGGUCAACAACAUGUUCAUCAUGACCCCGAACAUUGUCGGAGUGGUGCUCGGCUCCACGCAGAUGAUCGUCACCUACAUCUACAGGCCCAAGACGCCCACGAACAGUCAAGUCGCCGCAGUCUUGAGUGAAGACAAAGCACCUUUGGCUGUGCUGGUGCUUUCGGGUCAAGAGCAGAGUCGCGGUAGUGCUUUGGAUUGUAGUAAGGGUUCGAGCUUUGUGACGCUGCCGUCUCCGUGUCACCAGGACUUGAAAUCUUGAAGUCUGGUAAAUAAAUUUGUUUUCUUGGU